AAGAAACUUUUAUAUGUGACAUCUGUGCACCAGCAGAAUAUUCCGGAGAAACCAACUGUCAAAUAAAUAGUUUACGAGUUUAUCGCGUUCUUGUUCUUGACUAAUCUAGAAAACGAAACUCCUAUAAAUUGCCGACUUGAGUAAAUUUACUGUUAUUUAUUUAAUAUUUUAUCGAACAAAACGCUAAAUAAUGGUGGACUACAGCAAAUGGAAGGAUAUCGAGAUAUCAGACGACGAAGAUGAGACUCAUCCAAACAUCGACACUCCAUCGUUGUUCCGAUGGCGACACCAGGCCAGAGUGGAACGUAUGGAGGAACGGAAACGCGAGAAAGAGGAACACGAACAACGUAAAGCCGAAAAUAUUCGAAAACUUGCAGAAACAAAAAAGAAAAUAGCAGAAGCCGCGCCAAACUCUGCUGACCUUGAAUCACUAAAGAAGACACUUGCGGAGCUCGAAAAAGAAGAAAAAGCCAUCAAAGCAAAAGAGGACGACUUAAAGAAAAAAGAAAAGAAAACUCCCUGGAAUGUAGAUACCAUAAGUGAGCCAGGUUUUACAAAAACUAUUAUUAACACAAAACCUACCAGGCCUAAGGAUGAAAACCUAACAGAAGAAGAAAAAGAAGCAAAAAUGAAAAAGUUCAUAAAAGAAAAUGAGAAACUAUUGAAACAGUUUGGCAUGCUGCGGCGGUAUGAUGACUCAAAGCAAUUUCUUCAGGAACAUAGUCAGCUGGUCUGUGAGGAAACAGCCAACUAUCUUGUUAUUUGGUGUAUAAAUCUGGAAAUGGAAGAGAAACAUGAUCUGAUGGCUCACGUGGCACAUCAAACAAUUUGUAUGCAGUACAUAUUGGAGCUAUCCAAACAAUUGGAUGUUGAUCCGAGGGCUUGUGUGGGAUCCUUCUUCUCCAGAAUUCAAGUUGCUGAAAAGACAUACAAAGACUCGUUCGAUGAUGAGUUAGAGCAGUUUAAGGUCAGGAUUAAGAAGAGAGCGGCUGAGAAGAUUCAAGAAGCCAUCCGUGAACAAGAGGAAGAAGAGAGAAAGGCUAGACUCGGUCCAGGGGGUUUGGACCCUGUUGAAGUCUAUGAAGAGUUACCUGAUGAAUUAAAGAAAUGCUUCGACGCCCAAGAUGUUCCAUUGCUUCAAGCGACUAUUGCUAAAAUGCCAGAACAAGAAGCCAUUUAUUACAUGAAGAGAUGUGUUGAUGCUGGAUUGUGGGUACCUGGAAAAAAUGACGAGGAACCUACAAUGAAAGAAAAUACAUCAGCCACUGAGCAGAAAAAAGACGCACCCCCUUCAGUUAGCACUGAUGACGUAGACUGAUUAGUUGUACUAAGUUUCUUAAAGCAUUUUACUUUUCUUACUCACAUGAGAAAGUUUCUCUCACUUUUAAAAUUCAAAUCUCUGCUAGAUUCUAAGAAACAGGUAUUUAAGUCUAAAAAAUUUAACUCUUGUUGACUAUUGUUGGUAAUCACAUUAUAUAUUCAGAGAUUAUUUCAGCAUAUAAAAAUGCUUUUCUAACAAUGAGGUCGUCAGAUUUGAACAGAAAGUUUAUUAUCAAUUAUUUUUAUUAUUUUCAUAGUAUUACAAGCUAGAAUUACUUUCUGUCAAACUGAUACACGGUAAACUAGAACACCAUAAAUUUGUUAUAAGUUAUGUACAUAACAAAACUGUAAACAAUAAAGUCUAUUAUGCGUAAUAUUUUAA